AAAAAAGCAAGCAACCAACAAGAAAAAGAUACGGACCGGACGAAUCCUUCUUCCAAGAAGCUGCUGUUGGUGGUGGCCAGGAAAGGAUAUUCGAUUCACUUCACGCAAGUCCCAUGCCCAUUAUCCAGGCGUCCAGCAGGAAGCACUCCACGGUGUAAGGGUUUUUAACAGCACAACGAUAAGCGACGACAGUACCGCUUACUAAAGCUCGUGCCACGAUGAUUGUGCCACCGUGAUCGGGAACGAAUUUUGCGCGAGUGCCUGGGAGAGUUGUGUGCCAAAGGGGGGGAAGGAAGGAUAUGUGGUUCCGUGGCUUUGCGUUGGAGUGACGAACGUACGUUCUGGUAUCUUUUGGGGCCGGGUGUGCACACCGGCGGUCCUCCUGAUGGUGUUCGAAGUGGUGAUAGCCAGUGCAAGGAACUCCGUCGCCGCUGCCGCCUUCGCGCGAACACGGCAACAGAGACGACGGGAGUGUGCCCGUUGUUGUCAUUAUUGUUGUUGUUGAUAGCAUAUCUUAUAGUAUAAUCUGCGUGUGCGUGCGCGAGCCGUGAAUCUGCGUCACCGAGGAGCGUCCCCAGGAGAUAACCACCCGUGAGGUGUCGCCGUGCGAUGGGCAGCUGCUUGACCUGCUUCCGGACGCCACCGAAUGCGAGUGCCACGGCAACCACCGGUGGCAGUGCGGCGGCCCCUUCCGGUGCAACCACGCUACCGCAGCACAACGAUCCCACCGCACAGACCUACACCGACACAGAACCGGUCGCCCAUGAAACAGACGACCUGCUGCCAAACAGUCCGCUCGGUGGCAGUGGUCACCACCUUGGCCUGAGCUCGGAGCGGCGCAGUGGAGGAAGCUUCAAAAAGUCGGGACUUGGCAGCAUUCUGAACGGAAACAUUGGUGGUGGUGGCACCGUCGGCGGUGGUGGAGGCCCCGGUGUUGGUACCGGCACUGGAACCGGUACGCCCGGUGUGCCAGGCAUCGAGUGCACAAACAAUAAUGGCAGCAAGGAUCUGAGCGUACCGCCGGCCGGCGGAGGAGGAGGGUACGGUGGUGGUGUUGGCCUUGGCAUCGGCGGCAGUCCACUGUUACUCUCGGACAACGAUCUAAACAAGCUGUUCGAAAGCUACAAGGACGCGCAGGAGGAUGCGAUCCUAUCCGAAGGGAUCGAGCGGCUGUGCGGUGAUCUCGGCUACAAACCGGACGACUUUGCGAUACUCGUGCUGGCGUGGCGGCUGGACGCCGGCCAGAUGUGUCAGUUUACGAAGGCGGAGUUCAUCCAGGGCCUGCAGCGCAUGAAUGCGGCCAGCAUCGAGGAUAUACGGUGCCGGUUACAGCAGAUCGUCGAGCGGUUACGGACGGACGGUACGGAGGACUUCAAGUCGCUGUACCGCUUUACGUUCCGCUUCGGGCUCGAGCCCGGCCACCGGAUACUGUCACUAGAUAUGGCCAUCAGCCUGUGGCGGCUCGUGUUUACCGUGCACACGCCCGACAUACUGCAGCGCUGGUUGGACUUUCUGGAGCAGCACCAGAACAUACGGGGCGUGCCGAAAGACACGUGGAACAUGUUUCUGAACUUUGUAGAAUCCUGUGAUAUCGAGCACUACGACGACACCGAGGCCUGGCCCAGCCUGUUCGACGACUUUGUCGAGUACGAGCAGGAGCGAACCGGGCAGCUGGCGUUAGCGGCAGCGACUGCGACCGCGUCUGACACCAGCAAUGGCGGCGUGCCACCGGAUAGCGACGGUGGUGGAGGUGGAGAACCACCGCCUUCCCAUGCCUACAACCUUCAUCACCAUCCUUACCAUCAGCAGCAGCCACAAGGUUACCAAGGCUCAUAGUAUUGCUUCAUCGUCGAUCGUCAACCAUCAUCACCGUCGCCAUUAUCAUCAUGCUGACCGCCACACAGACAGACCCCCGAUACAAUACAAUAAGCAUCCAGGUUCAUUGUCGCCUACUUAGACUAGGAGACACAAACACACCCUCUCUCUCUUUUUCUCUCCGGCCCCCCUUUCUCUCUAUCUCACACUCUCUGUAGAAGCUUCUUUUUAAGGGAAAAUAGACCGCAACCAACUUUUAAAAAGAAUCCAUUAGUUGCUGCCGUAUUUUCGCUUAGCAAACACAGAUGAUAAUGGUUGCCGUUUUUCGCUGAAUAUUAUUUAUUAUUACUCCGCUACUAUGACAACGGUUUCCAUCAUUGCUACUUCUAGCGCUGCUCGUUCUAAAAUGCUCAUCCAAUACUGAUCGGAAACCAUGCUGCCACUACGGCAGAUCGAGUGCAACAUAAUUACUUAACUUUUACAGUUAAAUCCAUGAAAUUGUACAUCUGGAUGUAGAAGCAGCACUAGCAGCAGCACCGUGAGCCCUAGGGAUUACUAGUUGGUUGGAAGUUUGCUGUUCUUUUGAGUUAUUUUAAUUUAAUGCAAUUGCAUCGAAACCCGAAACUUCAGUAUACAGCGGAGCCGAUGUGUGCAGGCGACACGUUUUUUUGUAAAGCAUGCCCGCAGCUCAUUGAACGAUAGAAAGAGAGAGGGAGGGAAAAAGGACGAAUUUCACGUAAAAUAGCGACAACGCUGGACCACACGGAUGAAAUGUUAGCAUUAGCGAAAUGGUAGCGAAACGUGUAAAGCUAUGAUCACGCCUAACGAUAGCGCCUCAUGUACCGCCCGUGUAUCUGUGUAUGAGUCUAGGACUACGACGCCUCACCCGCUCCACCUAAAGACGGGUGAGACAGAAGCCACUAUAUUGAGUUGGUUCCUUUCUUUUUUAGCAAAAAAAAAUUAAAAUAGUUUUGCACACACGCGCGGAUCAGUAGAUUAAGAAAGAAUACUGGACUUAUAGGCAAAAUAUGUUGUACGUGCGUACGUGCAUGCUUGCAUGCAUGUAUAGGACUGUCUGUUGCAGACAGCGUGCAGCAAUGGCCCGACAACCCGCGUGUGGGUUAGGGGGGGCUUCUAUGUGAUUGACGGCGAGGCCGCGCCUGUGUGCCGCAUUCGACUAGGCGCGUGCAGGUGUCCGGUGUCUGUCGUCUAUUAUUUAACUUUUGUUUUCUUUUGCGAAUGGUUCAAUUUUACUAAAAAGAAAAGAAUGAAAAGAAUAUCCGCGUUUAGAACCGAUUUAGUCGCAGCGGCGACGGUGAACGAGUCCGCAGAGAGAAAGAAUCGAGAACGAUCGCGCCGUUCGUUCCUGUAGAGACAAAGAAAAUGCGAGAAUGAAGGACGAAGAGAAUCGAUAUCAAACCGCGUGUAGUGCCCGUAGUCCGCGCAGCCAGCAUUAACUUUAAAUGGUUUUUUU